CACCUGUCCCCAGGGCAGAUCUUAAGGUUCUGGGGGCUGGAAUGAGGCCCUUGUGAGUGCCUGGGGGAAGGACUACAAUCUACCUCAAAGGUUCUGGGGCUUGUUCUGGGCAGCUUAUCAAAGCUAGAGCUGUCUACUCCAGCCCCUUCCAAUAGAUCCCACUAAAGACAAUGAGCCCAGCCAGGGAUAGCACCUUCCUGAGGCCCCAGCACAACUUCUGGAGUCAGGGGAGUCCUCAAGCCUGCCUUCCCUUCACCUGCCAGUGAGCUAAAGCUUGGAGUCCCAUCCCGGGUGCUCUGGCCUAUUCCCGCAGUGGUUGGCUCGGCUUGCGGGGUUGAGUGGGUAAGGCAAAGGGCCCAGGUCUCUCUUGCUGCCACGACGCUAACUCCGGAGUGGAUGCGGCCGCUUUAAGGCGCGGUGACCCCACGGCAUCCUCAGGCGGGGCGGGGACAGUACAAGCGCCACCAGCGGAGACGAAUGCGAGGGUGGUAGUGCGCUGUGUCCGGCCCCACCAUGCUGACUGCGCCCGCCCCGCCAGCGGUGCCUGGGAUCCCGAGGCAGCUGCCCACGGCCCACGCGCGGCGUCAGGACUCCUCCGGUUCGUCAGGCUCCUACCAUACGGCUCCAGGUUCUCCAGAGCCCCCGGACGUUAGGCCGGACGCAGAAGGCCGAGCGAAUUGGCCCUGGGUGGCCCCGGGGCGGGGGGCGGGCGCGCAGCCUCGCCUGUCCGUCAGCGCCCAGAAUAGCCGCCAGCAGCACUGGCCCGGCUCGGAUUUCCCUCGAGGCUCGGGCUCCAGCCCGCGGCCACCGCAGCCCCAGCUGCGCACGCUGCCGUCUGGGGAGAUGGAAGUCAUAUUCGGCGUCGGGCCCCUGCUCACCUGCUCCGCCACGGAGGAUCUGGAGGUGCAGCAGCUCAUGGAGCCGGCCUUUGGCAGCCCCUUGCCGCCAGGGCCAGUGUCUCCCACCCCUCUCCCACCGCAGCCCCAGGCCCUCGACGGUGGCUCUCGCUGGGCCACAUACCUGGAGCUGCGUCCCCGGGGUCCGAGUCCCGCCGCCCCAACGCAGUUUGAGUGUGUGGAGGUGGCGCUGGAGGAACACACCGUGCCCGCCAGGCCCCGGACAGUGCCCAAGCGUCAAAUCGAGCUGCGCCCCCGGCCCCAGAGUCCCCCGCGGGUGGCCAGCGCGCCGCGCCCGCGACUACUCCUGCGUACCGGCUCCCUUGACGAGUCACUGAGUCGCCUGCAAGCCGCGGCGGGCUUCGUGCACACGGCUCUGGCCAGAAAACUGAGUCCCGAGGCCCCAGUGCCUAGUAACGCCGCCUGCAGGCCCACAGGACGGUCGGAACCUGAGACCCAGGAAACGUCCCCCGACACCCGCGUAGUCCCAGAGAAGAUUAAAUCUCAGCCGCUCGGCAUACCAGAUGGUUCGGCCCUGGUCAAAGCCCCCCGACCAUGGCCCAGCCUCCGAGAGCGAGCGAUUCGACGCGACAAGCCCGCUCCCGGCACGGAACCGCUGGGUCCUGUUAGUUCCAGCAUCUUCCUGCAGUCAGAAGAGAAGAUCCAGGAAAAGCGCAAGACUCGGUUCCCUCAAGAUACUUCGGCUCGAACGGUCCGGAGGGUACGGUGUCCGCCUAUCGAGUCUGGAGUCCCCUGGGAGGUUCCCAGUAGGACUGUGAGGCCAACAAGUCCGUCACCGCAGUGGCCGGCUGCAAAUGGGGCUGUGCGAGGUCCUCGCUGCCCAUCCCCCCAGAACCUGUCCCCGUGGGAUCGGACCGUACGGAGGGUAAGUAGCCCGUUGUUCCCAGAAGUAUCCUCCGCGUGGGAAAAUCAGAAUCCCCCAGUCGAAGAACCUGUCAGGAGGAGAAGCCCUACACCUCUGACCCCUUCCCAGUGGAAUCAGGGUGUGGCUAGGGCAAGGAGCCCGUCCCGCGAAGCUCCCUCGCAAUGGGAGAUUGUACAUCCCGCAGGUGAGUGUGCAGAAGAGCCAGAUAGAAACCGGUCCCCGCCGGCAUUGGUCCCCUGGGAAGCUCCAGAUCGUCCUAUUGGGACUUGGAGCCCAUCGCCCCAGGAGCAGUGGGAUCCCAUGGUGCACGGCUCAUCGGUAGUAUUUACACGGGAAGCUCAGAAUGACGUAGCUCAGGAGGAGUUGGUACCAUCUACACCAUUCGCACCCGGGACUCCAGAACCAACAGAGGCACAGAGUCCAUCCACACAGGAGAUUCCAGAUCUUCCCUUUCGAGGCAGUCAGUCAUUGCCAGAGACCGCUGCAGCUGAGCCGCCCUGCAGUCACCUUGUGACCAUCCUGGACUCUGAUGCGCGCCCAGAAGCCGUGGCCCACGGAAAAGUGGCCUCAGUACGUCAGCGCGUGGCCAUUCCGCGGCCCCGAGAUGUGCGCAAAAUGGUGAAGACCACAUACGCGCCAAGCUUCCUGGCUGGAACCCCGGGCUCUGGGCUGCCUGCGCCUCCUGCUGACCCCUGCGGGGAGGAGGGUGGCGCAUCCAAGACACAAGAGCUUCAGCCGCUAGGGCCCCCAGCCCCGGCUCACUACACUUCCAUUUUCCUUAAGGAUUUCAUGCCGGUCGUACCGCACCCCUACGAGCCUCCAGAGCCGCCCCUUGACACAGUCCCCCGGGACACCUCGGAGCCCAACAGGGUCGUGCGACGGAGGGCUGAGAACACCACAGCAAAACCCUUUGCGCGCACAGAGAUCCGCCUGCCUGGUGCCUUGGCCUUGGGCCGCCGGCCCGAGGUAACCCCUGGAGUGCGAGUGCGGGGUCCCGGCGGAGAGAACUCGGAUGCAGAGACCCAGCGCCUUGUCCCUGACGGCGAGGGUCGAACGAGCCCUCUAGGCGGCGCUCGCAACCCAUCCCAGCGGUCCCCCGUAGGACCAGCAGGGGCCCGACCACCUCGCCCCAACUCCCCACAGGCACACCCCAACUCGAGCCCUGACAUAGCACCCAAACUGGAGACACCUCCGGAGGCCCCCGCGCCCACAGCUGCUAUCCAGGAGCCCCUGUCGCAGGAGCCCCAGGCGUCAACCGGCAGAAGGGUCCCUGCCCAGCCUCGAGCUGCCUCGGCGCCUCCUACAGACCGGUCCCCUCAAGGCCCCUCCCAGUGGUUGCGCAGGCCGCCUGGGGCCGCUCAUCCGGGGAAGGUCCUGGUGGACCCAGAGAGCGGCCGCUACUACUUUGUGGAGGCUCCGCGGCAGCCUCGGCUGCGUCUGCUCUUCGACCCUGAGAGUGGGCAGUAUGUGGAGGUGCUGCUGCCAUCCACAUCUCCCGGGCCACCCCGUCGCGUCUACACCCCAGUGGCCCUGGGGCCUGGCCUCUACCCUCCCGCCUAUGGCCUCUCACUGCCGCCGUCCCCGGGUCCCCCAGCCCUCAGCAGCCCCCAGCUACCAUGGGUCUCUGAGGCAGGACCCCUGGACGGAAUGUACUAUCUUCCAGUGAGCGGGACCCCCAGCCCCACACCUCCUCUGCUCCUCUGUGCCCAGCCCCACAGCUCAGGUACCACCCAGCAGGGCAAGGGCUCCUUGUUCCCAUUGUGAGGCACCAGGGCCUUAUCUCCAUGGAAUUGGGGCACAUGGAUGGCCUUGGAGGUUCUGGCAUCCCGUCCCUUGCCCUCCUUUCCUUCCAUCAUCCCUUCCUUCGUUUAUUCCAGCCAGUUGUCAGACCAGAAGUGACCUUCAAAGAAAAUGUCUGAGACCCAGAGCUAAUGGAGCUGGGGCUCAGGAAGUGGCUGCCUACUUCCUCCCUCAACAAAAUUGUAUAUCCCUUUCCCAAGCAUUCCCAGGAUGUGAUGUGUAUGUUUGUGUAUGUGCAGGCAAGCAAAUAUGUAAAAGUGAGGAGUCCCUGGGCUUGUCCCCAGGAAUCAAUCCAAGGAGGUGUUGGGGUUCCCCAGGAAGCAACAGGAAUGGGAGCAGCAGGGAACAAGGGCUGUCCCUCCCUGAAGGGAAGUGGAGCAGACCACCUGCCACUGGUGAAAUGGAAGGGAAGGACUCUGGCUAUUCAAUCUGCUUUUUGGGAGAGGAGCUGAAUUUUGGCCUGGGAGGCUGUGGGGGAAAGAGACUAGUACAGCCACAGGCCAGGGUGGGGCUGAGAGAGGGAGCUGGGGGGACAGCAAGUAGAGGUGGAGGGAGGAAGUAAUACAGGGAGGGGCUGUGGAGACUCAGCCUGGCAUUUGGGGUGGGAAAGUCAGGUGUAAGGUGGGCCCAGGUGGCUGUGGUCUCCAACUGGGAGCCUGACUCCUGAAGCCUCCCAUCAUCCCCAGUCUCUGACUUGGCUUUUGCUCUGGGCCCCAGAGCUGAACUGGCUCAUCCUGGGAAAGGGGCAAGGUUUCAGCCAUUCCCACCCAGGAUAGAUUGCAAGUGAAAUGAGUCAUUAGGAAGGACUUAGAAGAGGAAGGAUGGUUGGACUGUUGUCCCAGGGGAGCUUUGACCCCUGGGGGGAUGGCUAAUGGUUUAGAGCUGGCAGUAAAAGGGAUAUCCUUGUCUGAGGCAGGUCAGAGGGACCUGAAGCUCCCAGCUGGUCUCACUCCCCUGUAAACAAUCAUAGCACAGGAAGGGACAGGACCCAGAGCCUGUGCUUUGGUUGCCCCGAGAUUCCCAAAUCUCUGAGGAGGUCUGAAGGAGUUGAGGAGGGAUCUGCAUGAGAUGGGAAAUGGUCUGUGUAUAGUUCUGAGCCUGAAAUGGCUGAGCCUUGUUGGACCGGUAUGUGGCAUGAUGAGUUUGAGGAGGACAAUUACUAUUAGAAGCACUGUCUGGGAUGGGGAUCAAUGCUGUCCUUGUUCCAGAGCUGUGGGAGGCCAGGUGCCUUCAGAGCCUCUGUCCUCCUGCCUGGACUGCAAGCUGACUAGAACUGUGAGACAGAAUAACCCAGAAAUCUCUUGGCUUAAGAUGCUGGUUCUGAAUGGCAUGGAAGUCCCUGGGGCCACCUCAAGUCUUUCACCUCAUCCUGGUGUGAAAUAAAUAAAUCGCUGACCCAUGAAGCCAUAAUGGGCA